CUACUCAACAGCCCCCCAACCCCCGCAGGAUCCCUCCUUCCCUGUAGUCACCCCCUCUCUCCUACAUCACCCCUCCCGUCGUCCGCCUUCCCUUCCAGCUCGCAUCUCCCCUCCCCGGCAGCCGCACUUUCCGCAGCUUGUCCGGCCAAGCCCCCUCUCCCGGGCCAGCGGUUGGGAGCCUGCCCCCUGGAGCUGAGCCCGGGAGCAAUCCCACCCGCCCUGGGGACCCGGGAGCGCUCGCGGGCCCCGCCCCCGGCGGGUGGGCGGGGCGUGGGAUGGGGGCGGGGUCGCCCCCGGGACUGGGUCCCCUUGGCCGCGAGGCCCCCGAGCCAGCCUCCCGCGCUCCGCCGCCUCAGCCUGGACGCUACCCCUGCCAUGUCCUGGGCCGUGGUCUUCGGCCUCCUGGCCGCGCUGCUGCUGCUGCUGCUGCUGACCCGCCGGCGCACGCGGCGACCUGGCGAGCCUCCCCUGGACCUGGGCAGUAUCCCCUGGCUGGGCCACGCCUUGGAGUUUGGAAAAGAUGCUGCCGGCUUCCUCACUAGGAUGAAGGAGAAGCAUGGUGACAUCUUUACUGUGCUGGUGGGCGGCAGGUACAUCACGGUCCUCCUGGAUCCCCACUCCUACGACGCGGUGGUGUGGGAGCCCCGCAGCAGGCUGGACUUCCACGCCUACGCCAUCUUCCUCAUGGAGAGGAUUUUCGAUGUGCAGCUUCCACAUUAUAACCCUGGUGAUGAAAAGUCCAAGAUGAAACCGACUCUCCUCCACAAAGAACUGCAGGCGCUCACAGAUGCCAUGUAUACCAACCUCCGCACUGUCCUGCUGGGUGACACCGUGGACGCGGGCAGUGGCUGGCAUGAGAUGGGGCUCCUCGAGUUCUGCUACAGCUUCCUGCUCAGAGCCGGCUACCUGACCCAGUACGGCGUCGAGGCACCGCCGCACACCCAGGAGAGCCAGGCCCGGGACCGCGUCCACUCAGCCGACGUCUUCCACACCUUCCGCCAGCUUGACCUGCUGCUCCCCAAGCUGGCACGUGGCUCCCUGUCAGCGGGGGAUAAGGACCAGGUGGGCAAGGUCAAAGGUCGCCUGUGGAAGCUGUUGUCCCCAGCCAGGCUGGCCAGCCGGGCCCAACGGAGCAGAUGGCUGGAGAGUUACCUGCUGCACCUGGAGGAGAUGGGCGUGCCGGAGGAGAUGCAGGCCCGCGCCCUGGUGCUGCAGCUCUGGGCCACGCAGGGGAACAUGGGUCCUGCCGCCUUCUGGCUUCUGCUCUUUCUCCUCAAGAACCCUGAGGCCCUGGCCGCCGUCCGUGGAGAGCUAGAGACUGUCCUCUUGGGAGCAGAGCAGCCCAUUUCACAGAUGACCAGCCUCCCGCAGAAAGUUCUGGACAGCAUGCCUGUACUGGACAGUGUGCUGAGUGAGAGCCUCAGGCUCACCGCCGCGCCCUUCAUCACCCGCGAAGUCGUGGCCGACCUGGCCUUGCCCAUGGCGGAUGGGCGGGAAUUCAGCCUGCGACGUGGGGACCGCCUCCUCCUCUUUCCCUUCCUGAGUCCCCAGAAGGACCCGGAGAUCUACACAGACCCGGAGGUAUUUAAAUACAACCGAUUCCUGAACCCUGAUGGAUCAGAGAAGAAAGACUUUUACAAAGAUGGGAAGCGACUGAAGAACUACAGCCUGCCGUGGGGAGCAGGGCAUAAUCAGUGCCUGGGGAGGGGUUACGCCGUCAACAGCAUCAAGCAAUUCGUGUUCCUUGUGCUGACGCAGUUUGACCUGGAGCUGAUCACCCCGGACGUGGACAUCCCCGAGUUUGACCUCAGCAGGUACGGCUUCGGGCUGAUGCAGCCGGAACACGAUGUGCCCGUCCGCUACCGCAUCCGGCCGUGAGCUCCCCUCGCCCAGCUGCCCCGUCACCCAACUUCCCGUGCGUGCGUUCAGCCCGGGUGCCAGGCUUUGAACAUCCAGUGGUUCCAGCAUUACCCCUUCCCUGCUGUUUUUCAGAAGACUGUGCCUGGGGGUGGUGGAGGGGGGUGGGGGAGAAGGAGAGUGAAGAAAAGACACCAAAAGCUGCACAGAUUAUCUGCGGCAAAGUUCCAACAUGAGACUCUCUCUGCUCCCAGCUCCUCCCACCGUUCAGUCGUGUCUGAUUCUUUGUGGCCCCAUGGACUGUAGUUUGCCAGGCUCCUCUGUCCACGGAAAUGUUCCAGGCAAGAAUACCGAAGUGGGUUGCCAUUUCCUGCUCCAGGGGAUCUUCCCAACCCAGGGAUCAAACAUGCAUCUCUUGGGUCGCUAGCACUGGCAAGUGGACUCUUUAUAUUAUGCCACCUACAGCUGCAGCAGACUGCUCUGUCCCCAACCCCUAAGGGAUUGCCAUCCAAUGCCCUGGGUGUGGUCCAGGUCAUAACGAGUCAAAGCAGACGCUGGCCAUAAGAAGGCCAUUCAGGGCCUAGCAGUACAUCUGUUGAUAUAAACUCUGUCCCUGAACUGUUAUUAAACUACCUAAAGCCAAAGAGUCUCUUAGCAUAUCCACUUUCCUGGGUGUCCCCUUCACUGGACACCUCCCCCAUCUCUCCGUUUACACCAAUCCUUGAGAAAACGCAGGAGGGUUUCCCGAGGCUGGGGCUUCCACGGGCUGGGGGUGGCCUCUGGAUGCAGGGCUCUGAGGAGCAGGCUUCUCAGCAUUAAGAGUUCCAGGCUCCACAUGGGAUGGGCUCUCCCGGCGCUGGGACUCAGGCAGGGAAUUAGCAGGACAGCCCAGACUGGGUGGCCCCUGUGAAGGCAAGCAGCGAGAACUCCUGGGGCUGAUGGAGCCAAACAAGAGGAGACCUUGGUUUCCUCCAUUCUAGCUCAGGAGCUCCAGCUCUGGGCCCCAUCUAGAUUGCAGGCCUGUUUCGUUUGGCCCACAUUUAUAGAAAAUACGGUAAUGUUACCUUGUCAUCUUUGGAAGAGUUGAUUGAAAAUGUCCAACUUCUCUUGAAGGCUUGAAAGAUCUGUCCACCCUGGGCCUGUGUUCCCGAGGGCCACUGUUAGCCAGAGCUGUCUGCCUUAUCUGGUGCCCAUGUGCUCUGGUUCACCAGCAUUUCUACUUUCUGCUUUUCCAUCCACAGUACCUCCUGUCCCCCAAAGGCACCGGUUUGAGAACGCCGUUCCUACUUUUGGAGGUGGUGUUGUAGGAGGUGUAGGGCCCUGCUGAUGGGUUGUUUCUCAGACCACCGGUCCUUCCUGUCCUGGGUGUGCCACCCUUCGAUCAAACAGAUCAGUGACGACAACCUGCCUUUGCAUUUAGGGAGGAAAAAAAACAGAUCAAAGAGAAAAAUUACCUGGAAGCCGUUAUUAGGAUGAUAAGUAUUCUUGUUAAUAUUAGGUCCUGCUUAUUGGAGACCCUCUAAAUGCCUGUGACAGGACCAGCUUCUAUUUUGACGGCGUCUCUGGGGAGAGAGGGUGGUUACGUGCUCUUCAUAGAUGAGGAAAUGGGCUUCAGAAAGGCGAAGUGACUUGCACAGCUUACGAGCUGAUAGAAUCUCACAGACUUACUCUCCCAGCAGCAAAUGCUAGAUGGGCGGCUCUGUGCUCCUUGAGCUCAGAGGGGUGGUGGAGGGGCAGGGGCAGUUCUGUUUGGCAUCAGACAGCAGACAGAGCCAGAGGCACCCAUGGGUGGAUGCGUCUCAUGAGAUGCAGACACACGUACACACACAUAACUAGGUUUCUUUAGCUUUAGCUGGAGGGAUAAGAGAAGACCUGAAAUCUCUGAAUGUUCUGGGGUCUCUUCUCAGAGAGGCACCAGGGCUUGGGAGCUUCCCUGGCCCCCAGCCUCCAAGCGGCCCCAGGAUUCCCAGACAGUCUGUGAUUGGCAGGAGGCAGGAUAUCCCUAGGGAAACCCAUCUUCACGCCUGGGUGACCCCCGCUGCCGCGUGCUUCUUAACUCUGCAGGAAAUCAGAGCUGGCAGUCUCCUGUGGGAGGAGGAGCCGGUUUCCAUGGCAACCCUCAGCUGCCUUAUCCUGACUAGGAAGGGAAGGAAAGAGGCCGGCAGAAAUAGCUCCGGGAAGAUCUCUGGCGCGUGGCUUCUACCCUGAUGCGCUUGGGAAAAGCCCUCUGAUUAUCCCCUUCCACAUUAGGGCUGCUUUGUCGCCGAGACUAGAUCUCACCCAUGUUCAAAAAAGAGCCUGUUCCCUUUAAAGGGGACACCUCCUUGGAGCCACAAUCAUUAGGAAGAGACAAUUCUCCCACCAGGCAGCCCCAGCUGGUAUCGGAGAUCAAGUACAGCUUGAGAGAAAGUGCUUUGAACCCACCUUUGUUUUCAUCUUUUUUCUUUUUUCCCUUUCUUCUAAAAAUACCGAGGUCGGAAAUACCCGGACACGGACCUAAUGGAGUGUUUCUGUACCACAUCAUGAUUAUUAUUUUUUGCUGUAUUUUGUAUUGUUGUUUACCAGUUUAUUUCCUUUAAAUGGUCUCAUUUUUUUAAACUUAAAUUUGUUUAAAAAGGGAGCUUCUUUCCCACUGCCGGUAACUAACAACAUGUAUCACUUGCUGCCAAAAAUAGAAAGUGACUGUGAAAGAUAAAUCUGCUGGGGAGGGGUCCCCUGUGCUGGUGUCACCAAGGCUCAGAGCCUGAGCUCUGUCUCUUCUGAGUUACAAAGGGAACAGACAGGUGUUUGAGUGGCGUUACGACCACGCCAGCAGCACCCUGAGACUUGGUCCUCGACAGUCACGGGGUGAAGGGGACGGGAAGAGGAGCGAGGUGCCCACCCCACAGUGGGGCAUCAUGCCCAGCACGAGGGCCACCCUGGUCAUCUCCCUCCGGUGCUUCCCGCCCACAGUGAGCGGGGGACAUCCCACCUGCCCGUUCUCCAGGUGGAGAAACCAGCCCUGAGAGUUGAAUCUUCUGGCCCAACGACAUUCGUCUGGAUGUUUUUUGUUGUUGUUUUUAAAGACGGUGUUUUGUGAGUAGCAGUGAUUGUUCCGCCUUGCUGUUUUAAUAAAGAAUUCUAUUUUUAUAAGA